AUGUCACCGCCACCACCACCACAAAAAAUCCCCAACCGCUUCAUCGUCCACGUCACCCUAUUCUUCGCGCCCGAACACGUCCCCCUCGCACUGGACGCGUGCCGGACCCUCUUCGCCGAGGCGUGGAAGGACCCGCGCCUCGAUUUCUGCCAGGUCGUGCAGGACGCGGACGAGCCGGGCACGAUUCGGAUCCAGGAGGGGUGGAACGCGUCGAGGCGGUAUUUGGAUGAGGUUCAACUGCACAAGCCGUAUUACAUUCCCUAUCUGCAAGCCACGGAGCAUCUCUGGAUCAAACCGCGAGUCAUCGAGAUUUUCCACCGCUUGUCCGAGUGGACGUGGAUCAAGCCGUCGUUUGAAAAGGAUUUUGGGGACGGUUCUUCAUCGUCGGUCGACGUCCCUGAAUCGAGUGUUGACAAGAGAUUGGAAUGA